UCUACAGUCUGAUCUGGAAUAGCUGUGUUUACUACACAGACAGGCAUCAUGUAUCUUUUUUUGCUUUGCUUCUUUCCUUCUCUUAUCCUCCUUACUGGAGUCAGUGGAUUCAACUUGGAUCCGUCCUCUCCCACUCUUGUAUUUUCUAGCGGCGGCGGCGAGGAAUUGUUUGGAUUUUCUGUGGCGCAGCAUCGCACAACUGGCGGAGCACACUCGUUACUUGUAGGUGCUCCCAAGGCUUUGUAUGAGGGAAGGAGAGAGGGCGGAGUCUACCAAUGUCCCAUCAUUAAUGGUUCUCUAUGCCAAAGGAUUAACAAGUUUAAUCUUAAAAACAAUAGCAUUUAUAACCCAUUUACUGAUAUCAGUAGCUUUGAUAUCUCUUCAUUUGAAGACCAGUUGCUCGGGUUUACCGUCAAGACUUCUGAUCAUAAUGUCACUGCCUGUGCCCCAUUGUUUAUAUCUGGGUCUACAUUUAGCGGACCUUAUUUAAGAUCUUCCACUAAUGGUCGCUGUGCUCUCUUUCCUAAUGACAUUGAAGCAGCUACUACACCAAAUCAGAUAUCUCCAUUGGAUGAGCCUGGCUUUUCGCUGGCUGGAGUUGAUGCUCAAUUUUUCAAUGAAAGCAGUACGAGCAGUUCAGAGUUGUUAGCAAUAGGAUCUGUUUGGAGUGGAGGCUCAAAUCCUUUUUUUGGCAAAGUGUUUUCUAUUGAUACAGCUAAUAAGCAGACAAAAUUGCAAACUAGUGUCAACAAUAAUCCACCGAUUGAUGAACUUAGAGGCUAUCACUUGGAGCGGGGACAUUUUUUUGUUGAUAUAAGCACUGACGUUACUGAGAUAUUCUCAAGUGCUCCAAGAGCUAACAACCACAAAGGGCAGAUCAGAGCGUUAUUUCCAGAUAAUAACAUUCUACAGGAGUCUUGGGUAUUUGAAGGAACUGAGGCUGAUGGUUAUUUUGGUUAUGAUUUUGCUCUGUUAGAUUUAAAGGCUAAUGGCUACCAUAGUUUAGUGGCUGGUUGUCCAUUCUGUAAUAGAAACAGAGGAAGGAUUACCCUAUACCUCCACAGUGGGGACCACAGCAGCCCUAUUAAAAAUACGACAGUCAUUGAGUCUCCAGCUCCUCAAGAGCCAGGUAGCUUUGGGUACUCAGUCGAGUCUCUUGGCGAUAUCAACAGAGACGGCUUUGAAGACCUUGCAGUCUCCGCCCCUUAUGCUAACGGAGAAAUGGGUGUGGUUUACAUAUACCUGGGAGGUGUGGCUGGUUUAACUUUCAGUCAGGCUGUACCUGGUAGAGCUCAUGGUAAAGGCUUUGGAUUGGUCCUGGCUGGUGGUAAGGACAUUGACGCCAAUGGGUAUCCAGAUUUAAGCGUUGGGGAUUUGAGCGGAUCUGAAGUGAUAAGUAUCAGAAGCAGUCCUAUCAUUAGUGUAGAGGUUGAGCUACUGGAGACCGACCUGACCAUUAAUUAUGCUGAAAAGAAUUGCAUUAUUAACAACAUUGAACUUGUCUGUUUCAACAUCACUCCAUGCUUUACUCUUACUACUGUCCAUGGCAAUGUACCAAAUUUCAAAUUCAAGUACAGUCUAUCAGUUGAUCCAGUUACCAGGCGUGUUGGUCUUGCUGAUAAUCUUGAGUCAAAUGUAGUGACUCGUGAAGUCACAUUGAGUGUUAACAGUGGCAGUAGAACCUGCACAAACACUAGUACCUAUGUGCUCCAGCCUGAUUUCUCAAACACUGAUCCGUUUCCAUUAAGCAUUUCAGUAGAUAAUCCUGAUACGCUCCUUCCACUGGUCACUCCAGAGGAUACACAAUAUGGAGGACCACUUCAUCCUAUACUAAACCAAAAGGAGUCAAACAACUUUGAAAAACAGAUUGUUCCAGAGUUUGUUUUAAACUGUGGUUCAGAUAGAGUGUGUGAUCCAGAGUAUGAGAUCGAUGUUGAACUCAUUGGAGAAACGGAUACUGUUCCAUUGGCAGCUGCUUACACUUUUGGUGUUCAAGUUAUGCUAAAUGUGACAGAGGAGGACAGUCUUGCCCCGUCACUGGUAGCACUCAUACCACCAGGGAUACAGUUUGCCAGCUCAGAGUCCAUUACUGCUUCUGCUGUGUCAAGCUGUGAAACACCUUCAACUCAAACUAUUAGAUGCUUGUUGAAGAAUCCAAUACUAGCUAAUGAAAUAGUUUCGUUGCAGUUGUUUUUUAGAAUUGAUGUCCGUCAAAUUGACCUCGGUGUGAAUAAUCUCCAGUUUAAUUUCUCGAUAGAAGGCAGUAAUCAUACAGAACCAUUGGAUGAAGAGUACAUUGAAGUAUCAACCAGUUCUGUAGCCAGCUAUGGAAUAAGUAGCAGUUUUAGUAGUGAUAAUAUUCAAGCAUUCCGUCGUCUUCCAGUCACCACCAACAGUACAACUUUCAGUGACAUUGGACCUACUUUAACUUACCAGGCCACAGUAUCCAAUACACUGACUAAUGACAGGGGCUCCCCCAUUCCUCGCACUCUAUUAACUAUCACAUGGCCUUCUGUAAUCACAGUCUUUGGAGAAAGGAGGCCCUACCUAGUCCCCACCAGACUGGCCAUAAUAGGGUCUAACAGCACCAUAUGCAGACAGAGAGGUGCUAUACCUUACGAUCUAUUGCCUCCAGAAAUCAUGCCAUCCUUUGUAUUGCCAAAUAUUACAGGACCAGUCCAAAUUGAAAACUGUCCUGGUAAUCAGAUCAGCUGUGGUCUAAUACAGUGUACCAUUGAGUACAUUCCAGCUCAAUCCUCUGACGAUACAACUGUGACCACACCUGUCCAAAUAUCAUUGUUUGCAACACUAUGGAGUCCGUCCGUUCGUGAAGAUAAGAACAUCAGUGUGUUUACUAGAGUUGAGAGUGCAACAGAAUAUCCUGAAAUACUGACCAAUGAAAGCACCACUCAAACCAGAAAUUUUAUCAACGUGCAGUUAGGCGUGCAAGAAGUAAUUGUGGACUGUGUAGAUCCGUGGAUACUUGCACUCUCUGUCAUAGUCGGUCUAUUGGUUGCACUCCUCAUACUCAUUGCUGCUUCUAUUUCCACAUUUGUGGGUCACGGAUACUUCAAGAGAAAGAAGAACGAGGAGCUCCGGAAGCGUUGGAGGGAGAUCCAGGAAACUGAUGGGAGUCUUGGUGCUAGAGUCAUACCACCACUAGAGUCCUUUGCAGCUCCUUCCAGCAGAAAAGCAAGUAAAGAUGAUGAAGCAAAGGAUAAUGAUAAUGGCAAUCUCCGUCCACCAAGAUACAGUGAUCUUGGCCCUAUAACUGAGAGUUUAGCAGCUGCAGCAGUAGCAGGAGGUUUGCCUAAUGACGAAGACGAAUUAGAAACAGAAAUAUAAUUGAGAACGAUUAUCAUUAUUAAAAUGACAAAAACUGCAUAACAGAUAAUACAAUAUCCCCCAAUCAUAAUAGAUCAGAUUUAUUAUAAAUAUUAGAAACAUUGAUUGAUUAUUAUACUCAAAGUCUGAAAAAC